GAAGAAGCAGUAGCAGAAGAAGAGGAAGAAGCAGUAGCAGUAGCAGAAGAAGAAGAAGAGGACGAAGAAGAGGAAGCAGAAGAAGAAGACCAAGAAGAACAAGAAUACGAAGAAGAAGACGAAGCGGAAGAAGAGGAAGAAGAAGAAGCAGUAGCAGAAGAAGAGGAGGAAGAAGAGGAAGCAGUAGCAGUAGCAGAGGAAGCAGUAGCAGCAGGUCGAGGGGCUGGCUGGUUGGUUGGAGUUCGGAAGCAGCGGAGAACUUGUGAGUCCAGUAAGCGUCACGUUGUCCUGUGUGUUCAGGGGCUCAUGGAAACGGUCCAGGUCGGGGUAAACGUAACCCGAAUAAAAGGGUAACAUUGCAAAACUGCACCGUCCUCUUCAAUACAGUCGUGUUGUCUGGUACGUCAACCCUUGUCCUUAUCACCAGUACCCACUUCCUCCUCAUCUGAAGCUGGCCGGCUGUGGUGUGAGGGAUGACUGUGAGCAGGGCUGACAGAUGGCUCCUGGAAAGGCUGCUGCAGGUGUUCUGGAUCGUGGCCUACACCUCUGGUUCCAGAGUUGAUCUGUUGGCUCCUGCUGCUGUCACCCUAGAGGAGAACUCUGUGGGCAACAUAACAAUCACACUGAGUUCCCCUGUCAACCAAUCAGCUCUAAUCCACUUAAACAUAACCUACAGCUCCAGCCAGAACUAUACAUCUAUCAUCACACUGCCUGAGCAGCUGUUGCUGCCAGCAGAGAUGACCUCACACAGUUUUGAGGCGGCAGCACAUCAUGUUGGUCAGGUGACGACCUAUCUUCUCAGCAACAACACACAUCUGGACAGUUCAACUACGAGGAUCCAUUUCCUGGUAGUCCGUAGCAACAGUCUGGCAUUAAUCAAUCAGGUAAUUGGAUGGAUUUACUUUGUGGCCUGGUCAGUAUCUUUCUAUCCACAAGCCUGGGAGAACUGGAGAAGAAAAAGUGUUGUAGGUCUUAACUUCGACUUCUUGGCUCUGAACAUAACAGGCUUCAUCGCCUACAGUGUCUUCAACAUAGGCCUGUUCUGGGUUCCUUAUAUUAAGGAAGAAUUUUUGCAGUGGAACCCCAAUGGAGUUAACCCUGUCAAUGCCAACGAUGUCUUCUUCAGUCUCCAUGCUGUUCUGUUGUGUCUGGUCUACAUCUGUCAAGCUGCUGUGUAUGAGCGGGGCGGUCAGCAGGUGUCCAGGAUGGCUCUGGUCUUUCUGCUGAUUAGUUGGACCUUUGCACUCAUCAGCCUUUUUGUGGCGAUAGCUAAAAAGAUUACCUGGCUGGAUUACCUCUACUACUUCUCCUACAUUAAACUAGCGGUGACUCUGAUCAAGUACAUCCCACAGGCUUAUAUGAACUACAGGCGACAGAGUACUGAAGGGUGGAGUAUUGGCAAUGUGUUGCUGGAUUUCACCGGGGGGCUCUUCAGUAUUCUCCAGAUGGUCCUGCAGUCUUACAACAAUGGUGAAUGGAGGCUGAUUUUCGGGGAUCCUACCAAGUUUGGCUUGGGUCUGUUCUCGGUGUUCUUUGACAUACUGUUCAUGGUGCAGCACUACUGUCUGUACAGAACAUCCAGGCAGUAUGACGCUGUAGCUGGCCAGGACCAACCAUGAGUAAUACACAUUUACACACAUUGCUGUCUGGUUAUUAUUUGGAUAGUCUGACAUCUGUAUUCACACAGCAGCAGCAGCUUCUGAUUUUUCAGAUGGCACAAGCUUAGUCUAGUUUUGUGAACAAAUGUUAUCCCAAAACUAGAAAAAAGGAGGCACUCCAAUUUGAAGUGGCUUGGUGAUGUCUGCAAGACUAAACCUGUAUGCUGUAAUGACAAUUGGAAAGUUGAAAUCAUGUAAUCUUAACUAUCCACAGUACUGGUAAUAACUUUAUGUGAAUCCUUUAAGUUCCCCCCAAACUAAGUCAGUGUUCAGAUGUGAUGUUCUCAUGCCGUUGCUGUGGGGACACAUCUGACCGUUGCUCUCUCAUUUGUAAACAGUACAAAAUGUGUGAAACGAAACGUCUAUUUUCAAAUAAAGAUAUCUACUGCCUUCUAAAAAGCCAAUAAAUGCUUUUUCAGUUA